CCUAUAGAGGCGAUCACGUAUUGGCUCUUCCAUUAUAAAGCAACAACUUCGAUACCCUUUCCCAGUGGCUAACAAUAAAAGAGCGCGGAUAUUGAACUUAAGGAGGCAGUCGAGGGCUGAGCGUUGUGGAAAUUCAAGUGAAACUCAGCAGAAGCUAGCAACGUUUCAAGUAUCCGGAGAAUGUGAACCGUUUCUUUGAAGUUUCAUUUUUAAGCGUUUCCUUGCUUCAAAAAUUUCAUUUUAUAAAAAAAUCCAUAUAUUCCAAGAUUAAAUUAUUACACGUUUUAUCGUUACACAGAGUGUUAAUUAAAUUCAUAGAAUAUCUUUGGGAAGUCGAUUCUAUAAGCCAAAAUAAAUAUCGAGGCUUAUUUAUUGUGUUUAAAUUUGUUUUAAACGAAAUGAGAUAAUAAUAGAGUUUCUGUCUCACUUUAUCUAACAGAAAUUAAAAUUGUUUAAAACUUAAUAAAUAAAUUUCAGUCAAUAUAUUUUGUAUAUUGAUUUUUAUGUUUCUUUUAGCUCUUAGAAUAAAUGAUAUUCCACAUUGUAUAUAUUGUUUAAUGCAUAUAGCGUGUUACAUUAGGAACUCAAGAUCAUUGAAUGUACAAAAAGUUAUUAUUGAUUUGGAAGUUUAAUUAUGUAUAAUCUUUUUUAUCAAGAACUUAUUUCAUCAAAGAUACAUCAAUAUAAAAUAUCUUUUCUCAUUUUAUUAUAAAUAUUUACAAAUUUGUAUGAAGCAUUUUUUUUAGAAAGAAAAUUUUAUUUGCAUUGUCAAUCUCUUAUUCUUUGGUAAAUCUUUCAUUAUGAUAUUAUAAUUUUUCUUUAGUAAAAUAUUUAUUAUGUAAUUAUUUAAUGCUAAAUAUUCGCUGCAAUUGUACGUAUAAUUACAUAUUACAAAAGAACUGUAUUUAAUCAAAUUAUAGAUAAAUAUGGAUGAUUAAAGUUUAACAUCUGUUUCUGUUUUUCAACUUGUUCUUUUAUAAUAAAUUAAAUUACAAAUUUAAUUACAUAUUUUCUGUUCAAUGUAUACACAAAUUACGAACGAGCUUGAAAUAAAUAAUUAAUUCACGAGCAAUAACAAUCUAAGAUUUUUAAAUACAAAAGAUUCGAUCAACAAUCCAGUAUCCAGUUCGUUUAAUUAGACACUGACGUUUCGUUUCUAAUAAAUAAAAUUGAGAUAAACGAUGUUGUAUUAUUAAAUGCUAUUGUAUAAUACCAAUUGUACAAAUGUACGUUAAUUCACAUAAUUACGCGCAACAAUUAUAAUUUGUAUCUCAAUGGGCAAUAAAAUUAAAUUAAGAAUGUAUCACAUUUGUUAAUCUUCAAUGUAUUUUUCUACAUUAAGUAUUAUAAUACACCACAGAGAUAUACCAUCUGUCAUAAGCAGAAUAUUAAUAGCCAUUUAAUAACAAUUUAUUUACAUACGUAUCCUUGAUAAACACAAUACUAAUAUUCUCUAAUUACUUUUGAAAUUACCUAACUUUAUGUACCAUUAAUUCCAUAACGUCAUUAACGACUAUAAAAUAAAAGUAGAUAGAAACGAAACAUUCCAACGACAUGAACGGAAUAACUUUGUCGAUUUUCUUCUCGGUGUUGACGUUGAGUAACGCCGAUGUUCAACGAACAUCGGUGGUUCAGACAAACUCGGGACCUGUUCAAGGCGCCACAUUGACUACUGCGUGGAAUGGCAUCGAAUAUUCAUCGUUCAAAGGCAUCCCUUAUGCCGCCCCACCAAUUGGAAAUCGUAGAUUCAGGCCUCCUGUUCCACCGGAACCAUGGAACGAAACUCUGGACGCCAUCGAAGAAGCAAAUGAAUGUCCUCAAGAAAUAUCGAAUGUUUAUAGUGGAGAUGAAGAUUGUUUGUAUUUGAGCGUGUUUACUCCUCAGACAAAAUUCGAUGACGAGAAAUCAACUCCGAAACCGGUUAUGGUUUGGAUUUAUGGUGGCUCGUUCCUUCGCGGAUCCAAUAACGCAUCUCUCUACGGUCCUGACUUUUUCAUGGAACAAGAUGUAGUUUUGGUUACCUUCAAUUAUCGCCUCGGUGCUUUAGGAUUUUUAUAUCUGAAACACAAAAACGCAGCUGGCAAUGCCGCAAUGAGGGAUCAGCUGAUGGUUUUGGAAUGGGUUCGUGACAAUAUCGCAGCAUUUGGAGGCGAUCCAAAUCAAGUGACGCUUUUUGGAGAAAGCGCUGGCGGCGCAAGCGUGAACUAUCACGUUCUGUCUGAGAAAUCUCGUGGUCUGUUCCAUCAGGCUAUCGGGCAAAGCGGGACAGCUGCCUCGUACCUUUACAAGACGCAAGAAGCAGCGUUUCAAACUGCUCAUAAAUUAGCCAGCGAGCUUGGCUUCAACUCUAACAAUCCAAACGAAUUGUUAAAGUUCUUCCUUGAGGCGGACGCGAAGGACCUCGUGGCGACGACCAAUCGCGUCUUCUCGCUUGGCAGCGACUUCUCGGUAGCGUUCGCGCCGAUAAAGGAGAAUCCCGAUCUCGUCGAUCCAAAGGACAUGUUCCUGUCCGAAUGUCCGAUAACCUUAGCCGCAACUCAAAAGUUCAAUAAGAUGCCCGUGAUGAUGGGCUUCACCCACGACGAAGUGUUAGAUUUCUCCGGGGACUUGUAUCAAAUUGUAAAUAACACGGCGGACAUUUUGAAGGAGGUAUUUAAUUUCAAGCUGAAUCUUAUGGGACCUUACGAAGGAAUCAAGGAAUUGUCAGUGGUGUUAUCGGACUUCAUUAUGAAGGGACCGAUCGAUUUUGCUCAGAGGUUGCUCGUUCAUGGAAACGACGAUUAUCCUGUUUAUUAUUAUCAAUUGUCAUACGUGUCCAAUUAUGCGCUGCAUUUACAGGACGGUAUACCUGAGUCGGGUAUCGCUCACUUUGACGACAUUGGAUUACUUUUCAACGUGCAAAGCUUGAACGCUCCUACGAAUCCUCAGCAUCCUUUCAACCAGUUCAGACGAAAACUGGUCACUUUGUGGGCAAAUUUUGCGAAAUACGGGAAUCCAACUCCUGCUAACGCAAAUCCAUUAAACGUAAUCUGGAAGCCGUCUGGAAAAGCUGGACAAUUAUUGGACAUGGGUGACAAUUUCCAAAUGAUAAAACGUAAACAGGCGAUCAACGAGAGGUCGUUAAUUACGGAGAAUUAUCUGUAUUUUUCCAUGCCUAUAACGAGCGAUUGUAACGAUAUUUCUUACGCGAAUUAUUUCAGCCUUUUCUACCAGUCGAUAUUCGGUUCAAACGCAUCGUUUCAAAAAAGGAAAAAGACCAGUCAGCGCGCGCCGUCCGUCGAUUUAACAAAGAUCAGAAUGAACGACGCGAGUUGGUCCGUCCUCGCGCUUCUAAUUUCGACGCUCCCCUACGCGAUCGUGAGUUCUCCUAAAACGCCCAUCGUUCGUACGCCGAGUGGACCUGUUCGCGGUUUGAUAUUGCGCACGGCGUGGCAUUCGAUGAAGUACUCCUCGUUCAAGGGAAUCCCUUAUGCCAAACCACCCCUCGGCGAGCUGAGAUUCAAGCCUCCAGUCCCGAUGGAUCCUUGGAAAAAAGUGUUGCACGCCUACGAGGAGGGCAACGUGUGCCCUCAAUGGGACUAUUUAUCGCUCGUCUACAUGGGGCGCGAGGAUUGUUUGUUUUUGAAUGUUUUUACUCGCGAGGUGGAAUUCAAGAAACGGAUAAAUUUGAGACCGGUCAUGGUUUGGAUACACGGCGGUGGUUAUUUCUCAGGGUACAGCAAUUCCUCCUUGUACGGCCCGGAUUUCUUUCUGGAGGAGGAUGUCGUUUUAGUCAGUUUCAAUUAUCGACUUGGCGUCCUAGGAUUCCUGGCACUGAAGCAUCCUAAUGCAACCGGCAAUACUGGCUUAAAAGACCAACGGCUAGUCUUCCAGUGGGUGCAAAACAACAUAGCUGCGUUUGGAGGUGAUCCAAAUCGAGUAACGAUCUUUGGGGAAAGUGCCGGUAGUAGUUCCAUUGGUUUCCACAUGCUGUCCGAACGGUCCAAAGGGUUGUUUCUUCGAUCGAUUAGCAUGAGCGGCACCCCACUGUGUCCCUGGGCGUAUCACUCACCCGAAGAGAUGAUUCGGAAUGCUCAUCAACUCGCAAUCUUUCUCGAUUACGUCCCCAAGAAUCACGAUGAUUUGGUGAAUUAUCUUCGCCAAGUACCUCUGAUGGACCUGAUACGCGCAUCGACCAAAGUUGAAAUGAACCUACUCCCAUUUCGACCGACCAUAGAAGAUCCCGACAUCGACCCUAGCAACAGCACGGUGAUAACAGAAUGCCCCAUAACGAAAUACCACAACGGGGAUUUGUAUCGUCACGAUAUAAUGCUGGGUUACACUCACGACGAGGUUUUCUUCUUUUUCGGCCCACCAAUCGGGAUUGCAAACACGAUCAAUUGGGCGAAGAAAUAUUUACAGAACGCUGCCAAAGAAAAUAAAGACAUCGGUGAGGAGCCGAAAGCACUGCUCGCACGGGUCGUAAACGAUCUCGUCAAAGCUGGUUUCAAGCAGGCCAAGAAGCGGCCCUAUCGAUUUGACUCAAAGAUUUCUAGCAAAGCAUAAUAAGGGCCAUCCUGU